AUGGAUGUGCCACCGACCCGCUUCGGACGACCCCCUCCAGACGACCCGUUUCGAACGACCCCCUCCGAACGACCCCCUCCGGACGACCCCCUCGGGACGACCCCCUCAGGACGACCCGCUUCGAACGACCCCCUCCGGACGACCCCCUCCGGACGACCCGCUUUGAACGAUCCCCUCGGGACAACCUCCUCCGGACGACCCCCCUCCGGACGACCCGCUUCGAACGACCCCCUCCGGACGACCCCCUCCGGACGACCCCCUCCGGACGACCCCCUCCGGACGACCCCCUCCGGAACAUCCGCUUCGAACGACCCCCUCCGGACGACCCCCUCGGGACGACCUCCUCCGGACGACCCCCUCCGGACGACACGCUUCGAACGACCCCCUCCGGACGACCCCCUCCGGACGACCCCCUCCGGACGACCUCCUCCGGACGACCCCCUCCGGACGACCCCCUCCGGACGACCCCCUUCGGACGACCCGCUUCGAACGACCCCCUCGGGACGACCUCCUCCGGACGACCCCCCUCCGGACAACCCCCAACGUUUUGUUGGUUGA